ACAGGUGCAUAGGUUACAGGAGGUUGAUCGCGUAGAUAGAUUUCUAGGAAUUUCUAUAGAAUUGGUGUUAUAAUUUUGUGGAUUACCAUGUGCAGAGGAGUUAAUUCUUUGACAUGUGCGUGAGUUACCUGCUGGAUAAAAACACCAGAAUGUACUCAAAUUCUGUGGGACACCCGACUCAAACUCUGAACAGUCAGAACUUCAUGCAAUAUACGGAUUUGACUGGUUAUCAUCAUGUCACAGGCAUCAGUGACCCGCAUGCCCAGAUGACAGGUGUGUGGAACCCCACUUACUUCGCAGCUCCGCAGGAGGAGUGGUCACCGUAUGGCCAGAGCGCGGACUUCCACGGUUUGAGCCCAGGUAUAGAACAGAUAAGUUUCAGUUCCCGUGAUCCGACAUCCAUCCUGCCUAUGGGGCCGGGAACUCUUCCAUCACUCAACUCACCUGCCGGGCAGUACUCUCCAGACUCAGACUGGAUCAGACACAAUGUACAUUCAUCCAGUACAGGUAAACUCCCCAAAUCCCAAUUCCUUGAGCCUAUCUCAAAUAUAUGAAUUGGCCUAGUUUAUUUCCUCAAUAAAAUGUAUUUAUUAUGUACAGUAGGCUACUUAUUGUUGAACGCCCAAAACUGUUUAUGAACUUUGCGGAGAGUAUUACACCUAUUAGAAAAAUAGUACAAGUUAUGGACUUGUUGAUCCAAUGUUAGUGCUCAAUGGCAGACGUCAGGUUUAAUGUUUUGAGUGGGUGUAGGCUUACAGGACACAAAACAAGCAUUGUUGACUCACUGAAAACAGAAUACAUAUUCAUAUACAUAAGUUCCAGAACCUUUGCAAAACGUCACACACAUUCAUCAAACAGAACCUUUUCACCUAUCCCUUCCACUGGUUAAAAUAUUUUAGUGAAAAGCUAACAUCCGAGGCCUGGGAGUCUGUAACCUGUGGUUCCCCACCCUCUCUGUCCACUGUGGGGGUGACACGGAGGGCAUAUAAGGCUGACAGCCAGGGGUUUGGUUUGGACUGGGCUGGGUGUCUCAGACAGGACAGGACCAACCCUCCUCUACAGGAAACUCUCCUGGCCUUAUCUCACUUUGUGUUCCCCUCCUCGCCCUGUUGCGAUCAAUGUUCGGUCGCACCGUGCCGUCAAGACUUCUCCUGUGGAUCAAUACCAUCUCCCUGACUCACCCGUCCCUGGCGCUGUGUGUGUGUGUGUGUGUGUACAGUAUGUGUGUGUACGCACACAAGUGGGAAUGAAUGGCUAUCUAUGUAAACUCCUAUGUAAACAGCUCUCACAGUGAUAAGAACCACCACAGUAAUGUCUUACACACUGCUUAUGAUUAACAUGACUAAUAGGGUAGAUGAGGCUUCACAGGCGCCAGGGAGCUUUCAACCACCCCCAUGUGUGAGACAACUCUAACAUGGCUCCAGACAUGUCUCCAUCAGCCAGUUUUAGCAGUCUGUGGUGGUACUACUGUUCACACAUUGUACAGCCUGAGUCAUGGAGAUAUCUUCACACUGUUUACACUUGAAUCUAUGUAUGCCAAUCCCUCCAAGAGUUAUACACUUUUUGUAUUUAUCAUAUCAUCACCUAACAUGCCAAUUUAACCCAUUUAGAACGUUGAUUUCAAAAUCCUUGAAAACUACUCAGUGCUGGAUCAUCCCUAUAAUAGUUGUUAGAUAAAUGUAUUAUUAUGUUUGUUGCAUUGUCAUUUUUGUGUUUGGUUCCAGGAGGGAAGACGCGCACCAAGGACAAGUACAGGGUGGUCUACACGGACCAGCAGCGCCUAGUGCUAGAGAAGGCGUUCCAGUACAGCCGCUACAUCACCAUCAGGAGGAAGACAGAGCUGGCCCUGAGCCUCAGCCUCUCAGAGAGACAGGUGGGUCAGAGAGACAGACAGACAGACAGGUGUCAGAAAGACAGGUGUGUCAGAGAGACAGGUGUGUGUUAGAGAGACAGACAGACAGACAGGUGUCAGAAAGACAGGUGUGUCAGAGAGACAGGUGGGUCAGAGAGACAGACAGACAGACAGGUGUCAGAAAGACAGGUGUGUCAGAGAGACAGGUGUGUGUUAGAGAGACAGACAGACAGACAGGUGUCAGAAAGACAGGUGUGUCAGAGAGACAGUUGGAGAGCUGUAGAAAGAGUUCCAGUGCAGAGCUGGCCCUGGGACUCAGCCUCUCAGAGAGACAGGCAGAUGACAGAUAUGUUUGUGAGAGUGACAGGUGGGUCAGAAAGACAGGUGAGAGCAACAGGUGAACAUCACCUCACACUGCAGAUACAUUCUCAUCAUUCUCUGAUAUCGUCGCAGGUGAAGAUCUGGUUCCAGAACAGGAGAGCCAAGGAGAGGAAGAUUACCAAGAAGAAGAUCGAGAUGUCCCAGCAGGCCUCUAAGACUACAACCACCCUGACCCUUACCCCGUCCAGCCUGGCUGACCCCAGCAACGGCUCCAUGGCAACCAGCUCCAGCAGCAGCAGCUUGUUGUCAGAGACAAUAUCAAUGACUAUCAAAGAGGAGUACUGAGGAGUUCCUUUACCGCGGACAAACUGUAAACACUGGAAUAACCAUAUUAAACUGCUGUUCCCAUGACAAUCACUACAGAAGAUGUAAUUGACCUCAGUGAUAUGAUGAUGAAAAAACUAUUACAUGCUUCUUGCACACCUCUAAUAGAAUACUACUGUCUGUGUUUUGAUAAAAAUAAGAACGAGAGAGAGUAGAACAGGUUACACUAUGCAAAUAUGUAUAAAGACAUAAGUGCCUUACUUGCAACUGCUUUUGUGUUUAUAUUUUCUUGACCCAAUUAAUUUGUAACUGCAAAACAAGGGUAAUGUUUUGAUCAG